AUGGAUGCGGUGGAGACCGGCGCGGGCGGCAGGGCGGGCAGCAGCGCCGACAGCCUGGCCGAGGAAGAGGAGGAGGAGGAGGAGGACGAGGCGGGUCCCGGCAGCGGCCGGUCCAGCCGCACCUCGUCGCUGGUGAGCGGGCUGCUGACCGAGCUGUACAGCGCCGCCGAGGCGGCCGUACCCUCGGGCAGCGCCCGCUCCCGCGGCCUCCGGGAGCUGCAGCAGCGGCAGAGCCAGGUCAAGUACCUGCGGCUGAAAGAUGUUGAUGAAUUAACAACUAUAAAACGAGAACUGAAUUACAGAAUUUCCGUUCAAUCGGCAAAGUUGCUCCGCCUUCUGAAGCAGAAAGACAGGCUUGUACAAAAAGUCCAGAAGAACUGCGACAUUGUCACAGCUUGUUUACAGGCAGUUUCCCAGAAGCGCUGGGUUGAUACAAAAUUGAAAUUCACUCUUGAGCCAUCUUUAGGUCAAAAUGGUUUUCAGCAGUGGCAUGAUGCCCUCAAAGCAGUGGCCAGACUGCCCACAGGCAUCCCAAAGGAAUGGAGGAGAAAGGUUUGGUUGACCCUGGCUGAUCAGUACUUACACAGUAUAGCCAUUGACUGGGACAAAACCAUGCGUUUCACGUUCAAUGAAAGAAGUAAUCCUGAUGAUGACUCUAUGGGCAUCCAGAUAGUAAAGGACCUUCACCGAACUGGCUGCAGUUCUUACUGUGGCCAGGAGGCAGAGCAAGAUCGAGUGGUAUUAAAACGUGUUUUGCUGGCUUAUGCCAGGUGGAAUAAAUCUGUUGGCUAUUGCCAAGGAUUUAACAUACUAGCUGCACUUAUUCUGGAAGUAAUGGAGGGCAAUGAAGGGGAUGCCCUGAAAAUCAUGAUUUACCUAAUUGAUAAGGUGCUUCCUGAUAGCUACUUUGUCAAUAAUCUCCGUGCUCUCUCUGUGGAUAUGGCUGUUUUCCGAGAUCUUUUACGAAUGAAGCUUCCUGAACUGUCCCAGCACUUGGACACCCUACAAAGAGCUGCUAACAGAGAAAGUGGAGGAGGCUAUGAACCCCCACUUACGAAUGUCUUCACAAUGCAGUGGUUUCUGACACUGUUUGCCACCUGUCUGCCUAACCAUACAGUUCUGAAGAUCUGGGAUUCAGUAUUCUUUGAAGGCUCUGAAAUUAUACUGAGAGUAGCUUUGGCUAUCUGGGCAAAGCUAGGGGAGCAAAUUGAGUGUUGUGAAACUGCAGAUGAGUUUUACAGUACUAUGGGCAAGCUUACCCAGGAGAUGCUUGAAGACAGUCUGAUUGACAGCAAUGAACUUAUGCAGACUGUUUACACCAUGGCUCAGUUUCCUUUCCCACAACUGGCAGAAUUGAGAGAGAAAUAUACAUACAAUAUUACUCCUUUCCCUGCAGCAGUAAAAUCAACUUCAUUUUCAGGCAGGUUAGGCAGAACCAGAGACAGCGAUGAAGAGAAUGACUUAGAUGAUGAAGACUCAAUUGCUAAUGCAAUUGGUUGUCUUGGACCAUUAAGUGGGUUUUUGGCACCAGAGCUCCAAAAAUACCAAAAACAGAUGAAAGAUCAGAAUGAAGAACAAAGUCUUGGUUCCAGUAACAUUGCAGAAUUAAGUCCAGGAGCAAUAGAUUCUUGCAGAAGUGACUAUCAGACUGCUUUUAACAGCAUGAUGAUGGAGCGUAUGACCACUGAUAUUAAUGCACUGAAAAAGCAAUAUUCCAGGAUAAAGAAGAAGCAGCAGCAGCAGGUUCACCAUGUGUAUAUCAGAGCAGACAAGGGGCCAGUUACCAGCCUCCUCCCUUCUCAGGUAAACCAUUCCCCAGUGAUAAACCACCUCCUUUUAGGAAAGAAGAUGAAAUUGAAUAACAAGUCUCUCAAAAAUGCUGUAAUUCACAUCCCAAGCCAUGCUACGGGGAAGAUGUCUCCCAUUCCCCAAGAAGAUCUUAAGACGAAACUGAACUCUCCGUGGCGCACUCACAUCCGAGUCCAUCGGAAGAACAUUGCUAGGGCCAAAGGCCAGCUGGGCUAUGGAGAUACUGUAGGACUGAUAGAUGAGCAGAGUGAGAGCUGCAAAACAAAUAGUCCUGGUGCAAAGGAGGAGGCUUCCAAACAUUCUGACUUUGGAGAAAGAGAAGAAGGUGGUUUGGAUGACAGGACUACUCGGAAAGCUGAGCAGCAGUCGUCUGAGGCAGACUCUACGGACAGCAGUACAAACGUGUCCAUGGUUCAGCUAAAACUGGAAGCACUGGAACUCACCUCAGAUACCCAAACUGAUGUGGAGCCAACAUCCCAUCGGUCCAGCCAGCCAUGUUUAUCAGAGUCUUCCACUUCAUCCAGAGACAGUGGAAACCUGGCUAAAUCACCCCAGCCUGGGAACCCAAAGCCACAAGUCUUCAAUCCUUUUCCCAGUGUCAAGCCUCUUCGAAAGUCAGCCACAGCCAGGAAUUUAGGGCUAUAUGGCCCCACUGAAAGAACACCAACAGUACACUUCCCACAAAUGAGCAGAAGUUUCAAUAAAUCUGCCAGUGGCAGCAGCGGGACAAGGAAACGAUGAUGUGCUGAUAAUCAUUAUUUCUGACAGCAACAAAAGAAUUUGUAUUGCCUUUUUUUUAAUGUGUGCAUGUGUAUGUGUGUCCCAAAGCCUUUCUAAUUGCUAGUUAAGUAACAGGGACAAAAGUGGUUACCAGCUAUAUAAAUAAGUGACUUUGACAAUUGUACUUCCAUGAUGUUAUGGGAUAGAUUAGUGAAGAUGCACUCUGGCACC